AUGGAUCCUAUCAAAUACAUCUUCGAGAAAACUAGAUUAAGUAAAAGAAUCGCUCGUUGGCAGAUGUUGUUAUCAGAAUAUGACAUCCAGGAGGAGAAUCAGCUAGCCGAUGCAUUUGCUACUUUGUCUUCUAUGUUCAAGGUCAAGUGGGCUAACGAAGCACCUGCUAUUACAAUUCAACAUCUAGACGAGCCAGCAUAUUACUUAGCAGUUGAAUCAGAAACCGAUGGCAAGCUAUGGUUUUAUGACAUCAAGCAAUAUAUUAAGAAACACGAGUAUCCAGACGACGUCUUUAUCACAGACAAGAAGACCUUGAGAAAGUUAUCAGCCAAUUUCUUUCUAAGUGAUGGUGUGCUAUACAAAAGAAACUUUGACUUGGUUCUGCUCAGAUGUGUGGAUAGGAACGAAGCAAACAUACUCAUCAAGAAGAUCCAUGAAGAUUCUUUCAGCAUUCAUGUAAACGAACAUGCAAUGGCGAAGAAAAUCCUUAGAGCUGGUUACUAUUGGUUGAUGAUGAAAACAGGCUGUUACCACUAUUCCAAGAAGUGCCACAAAUUUAUGCUGACAAGGCCAAAGAUGAAUGCCGUUGUGGAGGCAGCUAACAAGAAGAUCAAGAAGAUCAUUCGGAAGAUGGUGAAGACCUACAAAGACUGA